AUGUCCGAAGACCGUAAAUCAAGAUGGGACGAUCCCUCCGCCUCCUCCUCCACUCCACCUCAAGCUAACAAUGCAGACGCUUCCGACGCUGCAGCAAGAGCAGCAGCCAUAGCAGCCAAGAUCGCCGCAUCUCUCAGACCGGGUGUGCAAGGGAACGAGCUGAUGAAGCAGGAGAAGAAGGAUGAAGGUGAUUUCGUGAAAGAUAUAGAGGUUAAUGAUUUGAGGAAUAGAUAUGUUUUGACGAAAGGGAGUACGCAGAAGCAGAUCGAGGAAGAAACCGGUGCAUCAGUAGUAACAAAGGGAGUAUGGGUACCUGACCGAACCAAGAUGCCUGCUGGAGAAUCACCAUUAUACCUUCAUAUCGUUGCUACCUCUCAAUCUAUACUCGACGCGGCCGUUGCCAAAGUUCAAGAACUGAUCGACCAGGAAUUAGGACCUUUGAUCGACCAACGAACUCUCGUAGCUCGUAAUAGGGCUUUAGGGUUACCUCCUCCUCCUGAGGCUGUUCCUGCAGGUAGACAGAAAUGGCCAGAGGAGAAGAUGUAUAUUGGUUUGGAGAGUAUGAGGAAUUUCAAUGUUAGGGCGAAGACUGUUGGACCGGGUGGUAUGUUCGUAAAAUACAUCCAAGCGGAGACAGGUGCAAGAGUACAGAUCAAAGGACAAGGAUCAGGUUUCAUGGAGAAUGAUACAGGAAGAGAAUCGGAUGAUCCCAUGCACAUCAACAUAGCAGCUCCAACGCAAGAACAGAUCGAUCGAGCCAAGACAUUAUGUAACGACCUGUUAGAAGUGUUGAGACAGGAAUGGACCAAAGCUAGAGAUUCGAUGAACAAUCAACAACAACAUCAUGGAGGGUAUCAACAACAGGGAUAUGGAGGAUAUGCGCCUACCCCAGGUGGACAAGGUCAAGGUCAAGAUGCCUAUGCUGCUUAUUACGCUCAACAAAACGGUCAAAAUGGAACACCAUCUUCCCAACCUUCCGCUACUCCCGCUGGAGCGGCAGCUGGAGGGGCGACUCCAGCGGAAGGUACGGAUGCUUGGGCCCAGUAUGCUGCUUACUGGGCUGCGUACGGGUAUGAUGUGAAUGAUCCACAAUUCCAAGCUUGGCAAGCUUCUCAGUACGGUCAACAAGGACAGGGUGCAGGUCAGGCUCCUCAAGCUGGAGCUGCCACUCCUGCGCCAUGA